AUGGACACCAUCGACGUCUCGAACCUCAACCGCCAGUUCCUUUUCCGGCAAAGCGAUGUUGGAAGCUCGAAAGCCGAAGUUGCAGCAAGAUUUGUUGAGAAGAGAGUCACGGGCGUCACAAUCACACCACAUAACUGCAGGAUUCAGGACAAAGAUGACGAGUUCUACAUGAUGUUUAAUCUUGUCAUCUGUGGCUUGGACAGCAUUGAAGCUCGCCGAUGGAUCAACUCAACACUUGUGAACUUGGUGGAUGAGGAAAAUCCAGAGAGUCUCAAGCCUUUGAUUGAUGGAGGCACCGAAGGAUUCAAGGGUCAAUCCCGUGUCAUUUUUCCAACCAUGACCUCUUGUAUCGAAUGCCAGCUUGAUAUGCACGCCCCAAGAGCCGCAGUUCCACUAUGCACACUCGCUACUAUUCCCCGCCAGCCGGAACAUUGCAUUGAGUGGGCACAUAUCAUCGCUUGGGAGCAAGAGAAGCCGUUUCCAAAGCUGGACAACGAUGACCCAGAACAAAUCACAUGGUUAUUCCAAAAGGCUUUGGCUCGAGCUAAAGAUUUUAACAUAUCUGGUGUCACCUACUCUCUGACUCAAGGAGUUGUCAAGAAUAUCAUCCCCGCUAUUGCAUCUACCAAUGCAGUCAUUGCAGCAAGCUGUUGCAACGAGGCCUUCAAAAUUGCCACACAGACAAAUCCAUCGUUAGGUUUGGAAGAGAACUACAUGAUGUACAGUGGCAAUGAAGGCAUUUACACUUAUACGUUUAAGCACGAGAAGAAGGAUGACUGCCCAGUCUGCGGAAACCUCGCUCGUGGUCUCGAGGUGGACCCUAAUUCAACCUUGCAAGGAUUCAUUGACUCUUUGGCGGCAAGACCGGAAGCACAGCUGAAAAAGCCAUCCAUUCGUACCGAGAGCAAGACUCUUUACUUCCAAAAUCCGGAGAGCUUAAGACUGCAAACAAUGCCGAAUCUGGAGAAGAAAAUGUAUGACCUCAUUGUAGAUGGUGAAGAAAUUGGAGUUACGGAUCCCUCGCUUGGUGCUGUGAGCUUUAAAUUUAAGGUCAGGUUCUCUCGCGAGAUUCUAGGCCAAAGAAAGGCAAAUGGCGCUGCGGUGUGA